UUUCACUAUUUCAACCCCAACCUCUGUCCAGCCUAACUUUAUAAAAGCCCAACUAAUCCUCCUUUUUGAACCUCCUGUAUUCUCUGCGUCCGAAGCUCAUCCUUCUCCUACACUCUUCGCCAAUUUCUCUCCAAAAACACCUCUUUGCUUCAUUAUUUCUUCAUUUUUCUUUCUUCUGUUGUUGUAGCCAUGGAGAUUCAGAUUCCUGUUGUCAAUAGAAUAAUCGAUUUGGAAACCAACAUAAACAACUUACCUCUUCUCCCUCAAGUUUCUGCUCUUUCCGGCCUCGAAAAGCUUCCCCAAGUUUACAGUUUUUGGAAGUGGGGCGCUUUAAUACUCGCCCUUAUAGCUUCCUUCACCACCAUCGUCACAAAAAUCAAACUUUUAAUCCUUAGAUUACGAGAAUACCUCUCUCUUUCUCCACAACUCCGUCUCCCUCUUCUCGCAGACUCCGAUUACGAUUCCGAUACAGAUGUCGCGUCUUCUUCUUCCUCAGACGUUGAAGACGAUAACGGUCUUAGCGAAGAUGAUGAAGACGACACCGAAGUUGAUCAAAAUGACUUUCGUGUACGAGGUACCGGCCACGUUUAUGUAAAUGAGCACUGGGAAAACCGUAAAUUGGGUCUCAGACGACGCCGUAGAAGGAGUAUCGGAGACUUUUUUUCUUGGUCGGAAUUUACUGGUGGUAAGAGUGUCGUCAAGUUAUGGGAUAAUCUAGGUUUAGGAUUAGGUCUGAAUGUUGAAGACGACUAUUCGGGUCCGCAAAAUAUGUUGACAAUUUAUGAUAUGAACAACGGGCAAGAAAUCCGAAAUAUCGCUUCCGUUUCUCACCAGAAAUGCGAGAUUCCCGCUUAUAUUGCUACAUCAUCAGCGUCUCCGUCGUUGAUGUUCUCCCCGGCUGAAAAUGACGGCGGGGGUGUGACUUUGGGCGGCUGGGACAUGCGAAUCGGAUCUAAACUCCCGGCGAUAUUAGCCGAGUGGAGACCGAAACUCGUGAAUAUAGUUGGAGGAGUCAAGGCCGGCGGCGUGGCGAAAGUUUACGUGAGAGAUGACGUCAACGGCGCGUUAACGGUUGGCGAUGUAAGGAAGGUAAAGUCGCCGUUAGAGAAUGUAACGGAGAAUGACGUGGAUACAUGGUGGGAUGCAGACGCUGUUAUUGUAACGGAGGAGUGUUCUGAGGAGUCAAGUUGAAACUAAUUGUAAAUAAAUUUAUUAUUUGUUGAAUAAUUGAAAUUCUGAUUUAUGCUUUAA